AUGGCACUAACACUGAAAAAAGUAAAGGGAACUUUGGAAAGGGUUCUUGAUAAAAAUUUGCAGGAUUUGGUGCGUGGGAUCAGGAACCACAAGGACGCUGAGGCAAAGUACAUUGCAGAAUGUAUAGAUGAAAUUAAGCAAGAAUUAAGACAGGACAAUUUGACCGUGAAGGCAAAUGCUGUCAACAAAUUGACAUAUUUACAAAUGCUUGGCUAUGACAUCAGUUGGGCAGCAUUCAACAUCAUCGAAGUCAUGAGCUCUCCCAAAUUAACACACAAAAGAAUUGGUUACUUGGCUGCCUCACAAAGUUUCCACGAAGGAACAGAUGUCCUCAUGUUAACCACUAACAUGAUCAGAAAGGACAUGAGCUCUCAGAACAUGUAUGAUGCAGGUGUGGCACUGAAUGGCCUCUCGUGCUUCCUCUCCCCUGACCUGGCCAGGGAUCUGGCUAGCGACAUCAUGACGCUGAUGACAUCAAACAAGCCCUACCUCCGAAAGAAAGCAAUUCUUAUCAUGUACAAAGUCUUUCUCAAAUUUCCUGAAGCACUGAGGCCUGCAUUCCCGAGAUUGAAGGAGAAGCUGGAAGAUCCUGAUCCCGGAGUGCAGUCGGCGUCAGUGAAUGUCAUCUGCGAGUUGGCUCGCAAGAAUCCAAAGAACUAUCUCACGCUUGCACCUCUGUUCUUCAAGCUGAUGACAACCUCAACAAACAACUGGGUCCUCAUCAAAAUUAUCAAACUGUUUGGGUCACUGACCCCUUUGGAACCUCGGUUAGGUAAGAAACUCAUUGAACCACUUACAAACCUCAUCCACAGCACAUCAGCCAUGUCCCUCUUGUACGAGUGCAUCAACACCGUCAUCGCUGUUCUCAUAUCCAUUUCGUCAGGAGUCAACAACCACUCCGCAUCCAUCCAACUUUGUGUUCAAAAACUGAGAAUUCUCAUUGAAGAUUCUGAUCAAAAUUUAAAAUACCUUGGGCUGAUGGCCAUGUCCAAAAUUUUGAAAACCCACCCAAAAAGCGUGCAAGCACACAAGGACCUCAUCCUCCAGUGUCUCGAUGAUAAGGAUGAAUCCAUCAGAUUGAGGGCAUUGGAUCUUCUCUAUGGCAUGGUAACGAAAAAGAAUCUGAUGGAGAUAGUGAAGAAGUUGAUGAUCCACAUGGAUAAGGCAGAAGGCUCCCAUUACCGAGAUGAGUUACUGUCCAAGAUCAUUGAAAUAUGCAGUCAGUCCAAUUAUGCGCAUGUCACUAAUUUUGAAUGGUAUGUGAGUGUGUUGGUUGAGUUGACGCGGAUAGAAGGUACUAAGCACGGAAAGUUGAUUGCUUCCCAGAUGUUAGAUGUUGCCAUCAGAGUCCAAGCCGUCAGACAGUUCAUCGUAUCACAGAUGGUAAUCCUGUUGGAGAACCCACACCUCUUGAUAACAAAUGCUCAAAAAAAUGGAAUCUGUGAAGUUUUGCAUGCUGCUGCCUGGAUUGCUGGAGAGUUUUCUCAAUAUGUGCCCAAUCCACGUACAACCCUGGAAGCUAUGUUGAAACCGAAGAUAACAAACUUACCUGGUCACAUACAGAGCAUAUAUGUACAGAACAUCAUGAAACUAUACACACCAGUUCUUGCACGAGCUGAAGAAACAGACGAUAAAGACACCAUGGCCGAAGUCACUAAGGCCUUGAUUGAUGGGCUAAAUCUGUUUGUUCAAAGUUCUGAAUUGGAGGUUCAAGAAAGGGCAUGUUCAGCCCAGCAGUUGUUGAAGUAUGUUCUAAAAAUACACGAAAAAAAUGGCAAAGCUGCUGAUGAGUUGCACGAUUUGUUCAAUGGAGAACUGAACCCAGUGGCUCCAAAGGCUCAAAGAAAAGUGCCAAUACCUGCAGGUUUGGAUCUGGAUAACUGGAUCAACGACCCACCAUCAGAGAGUUCAGAAGAUGAGGGUCAAAAAGAGAAGAUCCAUGUCUUCCUUCCUGUUGAUGAACACUAUCAAUCCAGAACUGAUGAUCGACCAACAAUUGAAUACACUGAGGAAGAGCUUGCCAGUAGGCGAGAAAUGAGAAAGUUGGAGCAGGUGAACAAUCCACAUUAUCUAAGAGGCUCGACUAAGAACAAGAUGAAGACAUCAAAUGGUGCUCAGUUUGCAAGUGGUGUUCCUGUUGUCGAACUCGACCUACCUGUUGCUUUGAAUGUGCCAGGUUUGGCAUCAUCGGACAAGUACAUGAAGUUGGCAAAACAGCAAGAAGAUGAUGACAACAUUAAAAAGAAAAAGAAGAAGACAAAAAUAGGGAAGAAGAAAAAACAUGCCAAUAAGAAGAGAGAUGAGAAUGAUGAAGAGGAUGAUGACAACGGUGAUGAUGCUGGCAUCGACAAAAGAACAGUUGUCCGAACGACCGUGGAGAUGCCAGAUGGUGUGGAGCUAUCAGAUUCUGACAUGAAAUCCAGCACGCCAAGCAACGACCCUCAUAAACUCCUUGACAUCAAUCUCGACGAGCCAUUACAGGACAGUGAAAAACUCCCUGUCAGAUCUCAUAGAACUGUGCAAUCAUCAUCAUCCCCACCACCACAACACCAUCAUCAUCAUCGUCGCCAUCAUAAUCAUAAAGAUAAGAAUGAUAAUGAUCAUGAAAAGACCAAACACAAGGAAAAACAUAAAAAGAAAGAUAAAAAGGUUGAAUUUAUUUCCAUAAAAGAUAGGAUGCUUUUCUUUUUAGUUGAGAUAACGUAUAAUAAUUGUUUAACGUCGUCAUCUUACAGUUGCCAUGUUUCAGAAGCAACCUGCAGUUAUAAAUUAGAUAUCAUUAGUGUUUAGUGGAAUCAAUAAUUAACCGCUGCUCUGCUUUAACUUGAGUUUUUUUUUGAACUUAGAUUAUUAAGUUCAAUUGUCUACUUAGUUUGGAAAAAAUUCGUUUUGAUUUUUAUGAAUUGAACAGAAAAUCGAGAAGGCUUUAACAUCAGCGGUGAAAACAACGAGGGCAGAAGCAGUUGAGCCCUCAAAACAGGAAUCCCUGCUGCUCAUUGGUGAUGCUGAUAUUGCCGAUGUUUUGCCUGCUGAUGUUGCCGAUGCCAGUGCAGUUGGUGGUGUUCAGUUAGACGCUGGCAAACUGGCGUCAAAUCAGUCUGUAGGUGGGCCAUCUGGUGACAGAAGCGCCAAUGAUGUGAACGAUAUUUCUUUCUGGUUGGAAGACAAAAGUAUCACACAAGCCUCUUCAACGGCCCCGAUCACAAAUGAAUCGUCAUCAUCACCGACCGCAUCGAAAAAGGAGGCUAGUAAGAAGUCCAAAUCAAAAAGUUCAAAAUCUGAGAAGUCAUCAAAGAAAAAAAGCAAAAGCAAGUUGAGGUUGGAGAAGCAGAGUGAAUACAUAGAAACCAACGGACUGACUACACCUUCCACUGAACAGCCACAUGAAGAACCUGAGGUAACUCAACAACAACAACAACAACAACAACACUUAGCAACAACUAAAUUGAUUCAGAGUUUAAACUACAACAACAAGGAUGACACAAACAGUAGUAAAGUUUUGAAGGAACCUGUGUCAAAGAAUGUGUUACUGGCUGAGAAUGAUUGCAUUAAAUUGACAAACUGUUUCAAAGUGACUCCAACUCAUUCAAAUCGAUUGGUUCUUGUGGUAAACUUCACCAACCUAACCAGCAAGACAAUAAAGGAUAUAGAAUUCCUCAUCCUCGAUUCUGCAAAUAUACGACUUGUUCGGGAUAUGGAUGAAGAUUCGAGUUCGCCAAUUAAGUUGAACUUCAGUCUGUCUCCACCCACAAACCACCAGCAGUCAGCAUCAUUCAACUUGAAUGUGGAUCAGAUAUGUUCUCAACAAACACUCAGAGGCAUUGUCACCUACAUCAUCAAGUCUGAGGAGGCGGCAUCUCAAGACAAACUUGACUUCAAACUGAACAUUCCAUGCUCUGCCUACCUCAUCCCUCCCUCUCAUAACGAUAGUGAUGAAUUUGCUAAACUGUUGAAAUGCGGACAACUGAAAGAGAAGCUCACAAAACCGAUCCAACUGACACUCGACGAAAAGUUUGAUGUCACCAUCAACAAAAUAUGCACCUACGCCAACUUUGCAGUCAUUGAACAGAUAUCAGAGUCAGCAUCGUUGUACAGCAGGAACAUCCACAACAAUCACAUCGGGUUACUGGUCAAGAAAAAGGAGCCGGGUUUGAUAAUGAUCGAUGGAAAAUCAGAUGUUGCUGAACUGCUUGUUAAUGUAUUGAAACAAAUUGAAGAUCUGUUGAGAAGAGGUACAUAAUGAGAAACCAUCUAUAUCCGUUCAUCUUUAUUCAUGUGUUAUUUGGCUCCUCGUUUUGACUUUCUGUUUGAACUUUGAUUUCCAUUCAACAUUUGUUUGGUGCAAAUUGUGUCCAUGAUAGCAUGAAACGGUCAUAUAUUCGUUGUCGAUGCUGUUUUAAUAUUUGACUUCAUUUAGUUCGUUGAUUUGAUUUUUUAUAUGAUUCCUAAGAAGGUCAGUAAUUGUGCUGCGUGACUGGGUGUGCCUAUUUGUUUAAACCAUCGCUAGUAUGUAUAUAUCUUCAAGUUAUUAUUAUUGUUUAUGUGUAUAUAAUUGUAUACAAUUGUUUAUUUGUUUAUUAAUUUUCUAUUCACUAACAUGUACUUGUUCAUGUCUGCUUGUGAUUUGUAUUUUUUUGUUCAUUAUAAGAAAACACUUGUACAAUCAA